AUGAAUGAUUUUGUUUCUGAUUGGAGUUCUACCCUUCUCUUGCAGACACAAAUCGAUCAGGCAAAUGUACUUUCUGGUACCCAAAGUGUGAACCAAUUGGCUAGUGCUGUGGUCAACUUAGCAGUCAAUGGUGAUUCAUUUGCUUUGGAAGAUUUUCUUACCCUUGAACCAUUUAUUAACACAUACAAAAAUCUAAAGAAAGGAAAUAUCCCUAAAGUGAAUGCUUUAGAUUCUGCACUUGCAACUUUAAAGGGUAUCAAAGCAAUGACAGUGUUUUCACAUGGUGCUAAUGCAAGGACACGUCAUGUUCCUUAUAGAGAUUCAAGAUUGACAUUUCUUCUACAGGGUGUUGUAAAUGAAGAUGCCUCCGGAGAUAUCAUGGUGCUUCAACAGCAAAUACAACCGCUAAAGGAGGAGCUUGCUAUCCUUAAGAGGAACAACAUAUCCAGGUCUUUAGCAUUUGGUCCAAAAGUCAUUGAAGAGGCUACCCAAGAACACGAGAAUGAUUGCACUAGACAUGAUAACAAAAUCCUGAAGGUUUCCUCUAAACAGGUUCGUCAAAGAGAGGAUGACAAUAAGUGCACAAAGAUGAUGUUGAAGUUUAGAGAAGACAAGAUUCAUGAUCAGAUCCAAAAUGAAGCUGCACAGGACAAUAAAGAAAACAAUUAUGUUAGAUUAGAGGCACCAAAUAGAGCAUAUGCUUCAAGUGGUGAUACGAAUUCCUUUCAGGAUGAACAAAGUUCUUUACAUUGUGCAUAUCAGAUACCAAAUAAUAUGGAAGCAGAAUCUAUUGGAGAAUAUGAAAAGCAGCUGCACUUUGACAUGACAGAACUAUCAAACAAACCAAAAAAGAAAAAGAAGUUUUAUCUUGUUUCUGAUAUAGCUGUGAAAGAACUCAUUGCAGUUGCCACCAACAGAGAAGGUAAAGUUGGUGGAAGAAACGAAUAUGAAGCCACUUGA